AUGAACAGCAAACUGCAAGAUGUGAUUGUAAAACUUAAAAAUUAUAUUCAUUUGGCACUUAAAACGCCACCCGAACAGAUCUUAUCUCUUUUGACACAAGACGGAUAUAAUUUGCCCGUUCCAGAUUUAAUUAUAUCGAUCAAUACAACAGGUGGUAUUGAUUACAAACGAAAGGCAGAUGAUAAUAUACAUGAAAAAGUUAUACAGGCAUUAAUGACAGGACUGGCUACUGCGGCAAGAACAACAAACGCUUGGGUAACAACUGCAGGGCUAAAUCGGGCUAAGGUUCAGUGGGUUGGUGAAGCAUUGACAAAUGAUACUUAUGGUGUCGAUGUGCCUUGUAUUGGUUUUUGUAGUUGGGGAUACACUGCAGAACCAAAUCAUACACAUUUUCUAUUAUUUGAUGAUAACACAUCAGAUCGAAAAAACGUUAUAGAAGCUCGUACAAAAAUUGAACAGUUAUUCAGUACAAAUCUACGCCCACGUGAUCCUACGAGAGCUUAUUAUACUAAUAUACCAAUUGUAAUGAUAUUAAUUGGUGGCGAUUAUUGGUCGUUCGUAGCUUUAUGCAAGGCAAUAAACGCCGGCACACCUAUUGUUAUUGUUAAACGUACCGAAGGUCUGGCUGCAAUCUUAACAAAAGUAUUUAAAGCAUUCAAUUUGAAUGAAAAACUUCAAGAUGAUAAUAUGAAAAAUGUUCAUGGUGAAGAUUAUAAAAAGAUAAUCAAAGAUUUAAAAUCGUUAAGUCCCACCUUUAAUGGACAAACCGGAGUUGAUACACAGGAGGCUAAUAAAAUACUUGAAGAUAAUAUUGAAAUGUUACGCAAAAAUAAAAAUUUAAUUGUUAUAUUUGAUGCUCAUAAAGGACAUCAUCUGGAAGAUGCCAUUGCCGAUGCUUUGCUACAGAGUAUAUUGAAAAAACAAAAACAAGCAAUUGCUCAAUUAGAUGAAAAAAAAUUUGAUUUAACAAAGGUAGAAGAAAUACAAUGGGCCAUGAUUUGGAAUAAAGUUGAAUAUGCAAGAAAACAUAUCCUAACUGGUGAAGAUGAAGAAUUCUCAUUAACUCAACGUUAUGUGGUAUGUAUGAGUGAUUCCAGGGGCGCCCCGAUACCUCGGAGGCAGGGGGGGGGGGGGGCAAUGGCAAUUGCGGUUUAAAUUUUUUGGGUUUUAAAAAUUGUUUUAAAAAAAAAAAAAAAAAUAAAAAUUUUAUAACCAGUUUGGUUAUAAGGC